GGUGACGGUCUAGAGGGGGAGACGGACGUGAAUAGAAAUAAUUUACGGACGUGGACUGCGGUGGGGCAGCGGGAAGGGGGAAUCAAAGAUGAAAGGCACGAUCGAUCCGUCAACUGAGCACCUACUAUGUGCUGACAGUACUUAGCCCAUCAGGUGGAUUUAUCGAGCGCUUCCCGUGAGUGUAUUAAGCGCUUGGGAGCGUCCCGGGAGCGCCCGGUACGAUCGAGCGGAUGAAUGGGGCUCGGUACGUGUGCCCGCCUGCGAAGACGUGCGUUCUUGCCCUCAGUGGCAUCAUGAAAAGUCUCAAGAGAGCAGAUUUUGAGAAGCGGACCGGCAGCCAAGAGGAGGUGGCCGCUCUGCUGUCGGACCUGAAGGAGCUGCUGUCCAUCCCCGAGGGCCGGGCCCCGGAGCAGCGGCAGGCCUGCGACGCCACCCUGCGGGCCUGCAACCAUCAGGUGGCCUCCGGGCCGGGCCCCCCGGCCCACCUGGCCGGCCUCCUGGAGCUGGUGGAGCUGGCCACGCGCGGCUACCUGGACUCCACCCCCCGGCGGCCGCCCCUCUACCUGGAGCGCAUCCUGGCCGUCCUGCUGGGCAACGUGGCCGCCCGCGGGGCCCCCGAGGCCGCCCUGCGCGUGGCCGGCCCCCUGCACGCCUGCCUGGUCCGGGCCGCCCCCGAGGCCGCGGCCCCCCGAGACCUGGAGACGGUGGUCCGCAACGCCUUCUGCGUCCUGUGGAAGGCGGCGGAGGCCCUGGGGGACCGGCGGGCCGCCUGCGCCGCCCGCCUGCGGGCCGCGGCCUUCCUGGCCCUCCUGGAGGACGCCGGCGUCCCCGGCCGGCCGCCCCCGUUCGCCUCCCCGGCGGCCUGCCAGGCGGCGGCGGCCUGCCGGCUGUUCGACCCGCCCGGGGGAGCCCCGACCCGCGAGGACGCCCGCUUCCUCGGCCGGGAGCUGGCGGGCUGCCUGGAGGCGGCGGCGGGCCGGACCGGGGCGCCCCCGUCUGGGCCCCGCGCCCUGUGCCUGCUGGAGCUGACGCUGGAGCGCUGCCGCAGGCUGUGCCGCGCGGGCUGCUUCCAGGAGGCGGGCGAGGCGGCGGAGGAGCCCCGGGCCCGGCUGGAGGGGGCCGGGCUGGGCGCCGGCGGGCGGCUGUGCCUGCUGGGCGUGGAGCUGCACCGGGACCGGGACCGGGCCGGCGAGACGCUGGGGCGGGCGGCCGCCGAGCUCCGCGGGGCCCUGGGGACCCCGGCGCCCCCGCUCUGGGCCCUGGCCGCCAGCGGCCAGUUCCUGCUGUCGGCCCUGGAGGGCGGCGCCCGGCGGGACCCCGGCCCCCACGCCGCCACCGGCCUCUCCCGCUUCCUGGACCAGUACUGCCUCCUGCUCCGUCGCCUGCGGGGAAGCGUCUCGGCCGACUCUCCCAAGCAGCAGCGGGCCCUGACCCAGAUGCACUUUCACGGGCUCCAGCUGUUCACCGCCGUCAUCUACGACCUGUUCCACGGGUGCCCGGCCCCGCCCGGCAGCGGCGAGCCGGGGGCCCGCCUCGCCGCGCGGCGGGAGUCCGACUCGGAGCUGGCCGGGCUGGAGGAGCCGUGUCGCCGCGCCGUGGGCUGGAUGCUGGAGGCCCUGGAGGGCCUCACGGGGACCGAGGAGGAGGAGAAUCUCACGCUGGCAGCCUCCUGCACCAGCAACCUGGCCUACGGCUUCUACAGCCGCAAGCUCUACGCCCAGGCCGCCGCCGUCUUGGAGCCCCUCUGCCGGCGACUGAGCGCCGUGGAGCCCGGCUCGGGUCCCAGAGUGGCAGCGGAGAAGCUGCACAGGUGUUUUCGGCUGCAAGUGGAGAGCCUGAGGAAGCUGGACCAGGGCGGCGUGGGCGCGGCGGCGGCGGCCGUGACCUCGUGGCUGGAGGCCCUGCGGCCCCACGACCCCCGGCACGUGGUCGAGCCCGUCGGCCUCUGGGCCCGCGUCAAGGUGGACGCCGGCAAGGUCGGCGCGGAGGAGCUGCGGCUGAGGACGCUGCGGGACGCCCUGCCGGGCCGGAGCCCCGAGACCCUGACCGUCCUGCUGGCGGAGGAGCUGCGGGCGUACAAGGGGCUGCGGGCGGACACCGGGCGGGAGCGCUUCAACGUCAUCUGCGACCUGCUGGAGCUGUGCCCGGAGGCGCCCGCCGGGGGCCGGGCCCGCGCCGUCCACCUGCUGGAGCUGGCACAGGUGCUCUGCUACAACGACCUGGCCCGGCAGACCGACUGCACGGCCCUGGACGCGGUGCGGGAGGCCCUGGAGCUGCUGGAGUCGGCGUCGGCCGGGCCCGCGGACCAGGACCGGCUCCGGGAUGACCGGGCCCAGGCCCUCCUCUGGCUCCACAUCUGCUCGCUGGAGGCCAAGAUGAAGAAGGGCACGGAGCGGGAACGCGGCGCCCGGGGCCAGCCCGGGCCGGACGAGUUCGAAGCCAACGACCUCAACUACGAAGACCGGGUCCAGGACGACCGCUUCCUGCACAGCGGCAUCGCCUUCAACCUGCUCGGCGACGCCGCUCAGUCGGAGAGCCUGGACCGGGCCCUGGCCCUGUGGCGGUCGAUCCUGAGCGAGGCCCGGGUGCCCGCCGUGCGCUCCCCCAAGCAGACGGCCGGCUCGCUGCAGGUCCUGGGUGCCCUCUACCGUCUGGCCGCCAAGCCCCUGCGGGCCCUGGAGGCGUACGACUUGCUCCGGCGGCUCUCGGAGGCCCUGGGAGACCCCGCCGGGGUGGCCGCCGCCGCCUGCCACGGCGCCCGGAUCCUGCUCCUGCUGGAGUGCCCCGCCUACGCCCAGCGCUCCCUGGAGGAGGCGGAGUCGAGCCUGAAGCGCGUCGACCCCGCGGCCGACUCCUCCCUGCUGCUCGCCCAGACCUGCGCCCUGCUCCGCAGCUGGCUCUGCUACGCCACUCGAAAGGUGCCGGCAGGGCUGGACCUGCUGCUGGGCGUGCUGCGCCACCCGGCCCUCCGGCGCCCGUCGAAGCCGUGGUACCUGCUGCGCGCCCAGACCCUGCAGCUGCUGGCCCGCUACCUGGCCCUCCCGCCCCACGGCCUCGCCGAGGAGCUGUGGGAAGAGCUCUGUGCCCAAGGCUGGCACAGCCCGGAGACCGCCCUGACCGACUCCCACAAGCUCCUCCGCAGCAUCGUCGUCCUCCUCGUGGGCAGCGACCUGUUCUCGCCCGGCCGGGGGGCGCCGGAGACCCCCUUCCCGGACUACGGCGACAACCUGUGGCAGAAAUGGCAGGUGCUGUCGGAGGUGUUGGCCUGCUCGGAGCAGCUGGUGCCGCUGCUCACCCGGCUGGGCAGUGCCAGCGAGGCCAAGGCCUUCUGCCUGGAGGCCCUGAAGCUGACCAUGAAGCUGCAGACCCUACGGUGGUGCGCCCUGUUCCUGGUGCUCAAGGCGGAGUUGGAGGUGACCAGGGGCGAUGUCGACCUCGGCCAGGCGGACCUGCAGCAAGUCCUCUUCCUGCUCGAGUCCUGCACGGAGUUUGAAAGGGCAGAGUCACCGUCAGGCAAGGGCCCGGCGAUCCGCCCCCAGAAGGGGCAGUGGCGGACUCGGGCCCCCGCCGCCCCGCGGCCCCCGCCGGAGGAGGAGCCGUUCCUCAAGGGGCCGGCCCUGGAGUUGGUGGCCACCGUGCCCGCCCGGCUGACCCGCGGCCCCUCGGCCUCCCGGCCCGCCGCGACGACCGCCGCCUCCUCCUCCCCCGUGCUGAAGGCCAGGCCCCGCGCCCGCCCCGACUUCCUGUCCCACCCGCCGGCCUGCGGCUGCGCCCUGUGCGGCGACCCCGCGCUCUCCGUCGUCUGCCUGCGCUGGGCCGUGGCGGCGGGCGGGGCCGAGCUGGCCCUCGGCCACCGGGCGGAAGGGGAGGCCCUGGUGCGGGUCGGGCUGGAGGGCUGCCCGGCGGCGGCGGCGCGGCUGGCCGAGGCCCUGCGGGCCUCCGCGGGCUCCCCCGCCGACCCGCCCGUCGCCCCCGGGCCGCUGGCAGAGGUGGCGGCCGGCGCCUACGCGCUGCUGGCGCUGGAGGGGGCGGGCCGGGCCCCGGGCCCGGAGCUGUGGGGGCUGCUGGAGGCCGGGCUGGACCACGUGGAGGCGCGGAGCCCCCGGCUGGCCCCCUGGCGCGCCACCCUGCUCCUGGCCCGGGCCCUGGCCUCCCUCUCGGCCCGCGGCUGCUCUCCCGCCCGGCUCUUUGCCGGCUGCUGGGCCUGGUGCCCGGCGGCGCCGCGGCCCCCUGAGGCCCGGUCCCGCCUGGAGGCCCCCGCCCGGGUCCCCCGAGGCCGGCGAGCGGCGGCACCCCCUCCCCAGGGAGACCCCCCGCUCCCGGAGGACGCGGAGGGCGCCGGCCUGGCGCGGCCCAGCGUGGCCUGCACCCCCCGGGCCCCGGGCCGGACCGGGCGGGCCGGCGCCCGCGCCCCCUUCGCCGUGUUCGAGGAGAGCAGCCCCCCGAGGCCCGAGCCCCGGCUCCCCAAGGCCCCCCGGCCGGGGCGGAGAGUCCAGUCCCGCCUCAAGGUGACCUUCAGCGACGACAGCGACCUGGAAGACCUCCUCCUCCGCCCGCGGCCGAACCCAAGAGAGCGGGGGGCCGGGGCCGGGGCCGGGGCCGGGGCGGCAGGGCCCCAGGGGCCGGCCCCGCCGCUGCGGGAAAGCGGGGCCGGGCGCCCAGCGGGCCACCCCCGGGGUCUCCCGGCGCCGCCCGAGCCUGCCCGUGGAAGCGGCGCGGGCUCGCCACGGGGGGAUGACGCCGAGGGACCGCCGGAUCUGAGCCCCGAGACCCUCCGGGCCUCCGACCGGGACGAGGAGAUCCCAGUCGGGCCGGGGUCUGCCGGCGGGGUGCGCGAGGUGCUGAGACGCGAUUCUGGCACGGAGACGGCCCCCUUCCCCGAGAGGCAGAGUCACGGAGAAGUCUCCGAGCUCCGGCCGAUCCCCGCUCCCGUCGGCCUCUCCACCCUGGACUCGGUGGCCACCUCGCUGGUGGUCGCCUUCCGCUGCGUCAGCCGCUGCCCCCCGAGCGGGCUCUACGGCCACCUGUGCCGCCUGCUGGCCCUCUGCCUGGGCCGCCGGGACCCCCUGGCCACCGCCUUCCUGGUGGCCGAGUCCGUGUCGGUCACCCCACGCCACCAGCUUCCUGGUCACCUGCACCGCCAACUCCGCGGCAAGACCCGGAAGCAGCGGGCGGCGGAGGGCACGGACGUGGCCGAGCAGCUGAAGGACCUGAGCCUGCACGAGGAGGCCGGGGCCCCCCGGCCCCUCACCCGCCUCCAGCGCCUGUUCGCCUUCGGGCCGGCCGGACCCAGCCCCUUCCCCCGGCCCGAGGCCGAGGCCUUCCGCCGGCGCCUGGGCCAGAUGCCCGCGGGCGUGACGGUGUGCGUGCUGGUGGCGUGCGGGCUGCGGCCCGGCGGCCCCGGGGACAGCCUGCUGCUCACCCGGCUGGAACGCGACCGGGACCCGAUCACCGUCCACAUCCCCACCGAGCUGGGCCAGCUUUCCCUGAGCGCUGCCCUGGCGGAGUUUGAGGCCAUCCAGAAGGAGCAGAAGGAGAACAGCACCUGCACCGACAAGUGCCAGUGGUGGACGGGACGCCUGGAGCUCAACCGCAGGAUGGAGGUCCUGAUCGGGUCGCUGGAGAAGCACGUGCUGGGCUGCUGGCGGGGCCUGCUGCUGCCGCCCUGUGAGGACCCCGGCCCGGCCCUGGAGGCCGCCCGGCUGCGGGAGCCCCUGCGGGACUGCGGCUGGACCGGCCCGGACCUGGACCUGCUGCAGGUGGCCCUGGGCGGCGCCCACGCCCUCACCCCCCUGGACGUGCGCUCCCUGGCCCGGGGGCUGUGCCCGGCCCAGCCCGAGCGGGCGGAGGAGCUGCUGCGGGAGGCCGUGGAACGGCUGCGGGGCCGGACGGCGCGGCGGACCGGCCACCUCGUGCUCGUGCUGGACAAGCAUCUUCAGAAGCUGCCGUGGGAGACGACCCCCAGCCUGCGGGCCCUGCCCGUCACACGCCUGCCCUCGCUCCGCUUUCUGCUCAGCUACGGGCUCCUGCGGGAGGCGCGGGCCCCGUCGGUGCUGGAGCGAGGCGUGGACCCCCGCAGCGCCUUCUACGUCCUGAACCCCCACGACAACCUGGCCGGCACCGAGGAGAGGUUCCGGGAUCACUUCUGCAGCGAGGAAGGCUGGCAGGGGGUGGUGGGGCAGGUCCCCAGCUCGGAGCAGCUGCAGGCGGCGCUGACGGAGCACGAUUUGUACAUCUACGCGGGGCACGGGGCCGGCGCCCGCUUCCUGGACGGGCAGGCCAUCCUGCGGCUGGACUGCCGGGCGGCGGCCCUGCUCUUCGGCUGCAGCAGCGCGGCCUUGGCCGUACGCGGGGACCUGGACGCCGCCGGCAUCCUGCUCAAGUACCUCAUGGCCGGAUGCCCCCUGUUUCUGGGGAACCUGUGGGACGUGACGGACCGGGACAUCGACCGCUACACGGAGGCCUUGCUGCAGGGCUGGCUGGGGGCAGGCAGCGGAGCCCCCCUGCUCCAGCACGUGGCCCAGGCCCGCCAGGCCCCCCGCCUCAAACACCUCAUCGGCGCGGCCCCCGUGGUCUACGGACUCCCCGUCCGCCUGCGGUGACGUCCCCCCGCCCCGCGGCGCCCCUCCUCGUUUUUAAACCCCCUGGAGAUAUUUAAACCCACACCGUAUUUAAUGUCGAUCGCGUUUGGAAGCCUACCGGGCUCCGGUUAAUAAAGUUAUUAACGAAA